UCACAGUUCUAGAUUGUUAAUUGCGCACCAGAACGCAUGUGUUCAUUCUGAUCGAAUCAUCCGCAAUCAACAUCUUGAUCGAGAUCUGCGACUUUCGACGUUUCUUACGGAACCUACGAGAGACAGAAAUAUGUCAGGAAGGAAUAAAAGGGAGAAGAAGAACGGCUUGAAGAAGAAACCUCCCAAAACAUACUCCAGAGGCGAGCUGGGAGAGAGUAUCUUUGAAAGUAGCCCUGAUUUCAAUCUGGAUGACCCCGACAUGAAGCUCAUGAACAUGGAGUAUAACAGUCUUCAUGAUCCACACCUGAAGCUCUUUUUUAAUCAGCGAGGGAAGAAACAACACCUGAAAAAACUGGGGCUCAUCACGCAUGACAACAAAGUGCUGUGCACUCUGAAGGAGUUCAGGGACUACAUGCGCUACAGAGAGGCUUUUCAUUUAAGCUGCGAGAAGUAUUUGCUCGAGAAACAGAAGUAUCUCCUGAAACACUUCAUGAUGCUGAAGCAGAAAGGUGAAAUGCCAGAGACCAUCAGUGUUUCAGACAUGAUUAACUGGCUGAUAAACAAAGGGAUGGGCACCUUCAGGAAAAUGUACAAACAAAACAUUGAAGCUGGAAGUAAUCCAUAUUAUGAUGAAGUGUUGUGGAAGGUAAGGCAGCAUCUCCAGCUGGAAAAAAUGUGGAAGGAAGUGGUACGAGAACUCCGACUGGAACGCAGAUUUCAGGAUAGAAACGUUAGGCUUUCUAAGAAACCAUUGAAAAAGCCUGUGAGAACUGAAUUGACUUCAAAGGUCGACUCUACCUCCCGGUCUUUACCACCUCCUGUACUCCAAACUGUACAAGAGGAAAAGGAUGAGUCGUCCCUAGCAUUUCCUCACCCCAGAGUCUCUGUUGGAUCAGUUGGAAUAAUUAAUAAGAUCUCCAGUGAGUCACCUGGGGAAUCUGCAAAUGUGAUGGAUGAAAUUUCAUCUAUUUUUGAUUCUACACCAAAAAAAGGUCCUUUGACCAGCAUCCGGUCUAUAUCUCUCUUGUCAUCACCGAGUUCUGAAAGCCCCAAAGAUGAGGUUCAAACAGCAGUGUUGGAGGAGUUGAAUAGGAUUGUAACUGAAAUAUCAGCACCUUGCUUCAUGUUGGAUACUGAAGAUAGCAAAAAUCAUCCUGUGGAUGACUUUGAACUAGAGAAGGACAUAGAGGUGGUUACUUUGGAUGAUUCCGUUGCCCAAGCCUCAACUUCACAGGUUGAGUCUUCGUCUGUUCAUACUCAUGUCAGUAGGGACGUCUCGAAAAUCACCAUGGAUAAGGUGAUUUCAUUUCUGUCCCAGACUGAGGUACAUGGGAGCACUCAAGUUUUGGAGACUGAGACUGAAAAACAUGAGUCUAAAAUCCCCAUGAAUGCUUUGUUAUCAGAGGCGAUGGUGAAGGACCUUGUGAAGAACAUGGUGGAGGAGUUGGUUCAGUAUGACAUUCAACAGAAAAUGUCCUUUAGAGAUGAGCUACAGCCUACAGCUUUGCAAACUUCACAGUUUGGUGAUCAGCAUGCUCACGAGGGUCCAAGUGACCUGUCAUCAGACACAUCUGAGAGCCUCUCCUUACCAAACAAUCUUACUAAAGAUAUUGUGAAAUCUGCACUGGACAGAGUUUCAGUAGUGAUCACUGAGAAAGAGGCACUGUUCUCUCAGCAGAAAUCAGACAAGUCCUCCAUGGGGUCAGCCUCAUCCUCUAAUGCUUUAACGGGGGAACUGGAUGGAUCAGUUGAAAGUCUAACUGACAGCAAUAACCCUCUUACAAAACUUGCAAGCCAUUUACAUUUAGAGACAAAGACAGCUCUCUACGAAACUCUACAGGGAAUACAGAGCAAGAUAGAAAGCGGGGACCUUUCUGACUUGUCAGCACCGACUGUUUCACCCGAGAAUGUUGGGAUGAUCAUGGAUCUGAUCACUGAAAUAGUGAGAGUCUGCAUCAUUGAAGAAGAAACCAGUGAUGUACACUCUCUAUAUACAAAAGAGAUGGGAAAUACUCCAGGUGGUCGAAAACGAAGGAGGCAGAAGCCUAAACAUGACUUCUUCAAAAGGGUCUGGCGAAUGGUAAAGCAAGUUAUUACUACCUCUGGGAAAAGAUCCAACUAAGAAAGCCCAACCAGUUAGUUAACUCUAAAUUAUAACCCCAAAUGAAUGCAAUUUACAUGAUCCUCAUAUUGACACAAAAACAAGUUGAAAAAAAAAAUUCUUUUGAUUUGAACCAUAACAAU